GCUUCUCCUCUCUGCAUUUCUAUAUAAUAAUGUUUCUUUUGUUUUUUAGAUGAAUUUGCUGUCGAAUCGUGUACUAUUUUAAUGGUCUGAUUUAUUAAAAUCCCAGCAAUUUCAAUACUUGCAUGCCUUAUACAUGUUAACGAACUUUGUUGAAUUGAGUUAAGCAUGACAAGAUCAUGUCUUAUAGAAGCUUGUUGGCCCAACCACUCCCCUGUACAGGGCUUCAUGGAACAGAUCAUUUAUUGUUGGUGUUCUUCUGUAAUCUAUGCACAUUUGGUGUACUUAUGAUUCUUUUUGGCUUAAUCUUUUUGGUUUUUAACUGAUUUAAGCUGUUGUAGUUCAAUUAGAAUGUCCUCUCUGGAUUUGAAUUAUUGCCAUGCCUGUCCAUGAUUGAGCAAGGGGCGUCCCAAUAUGCAUGCAGAAUAAAAAUAGUUCUCAUUAAAAACCAUUGAAUGAUUUAUGUACAUGCCUAUCUGCAUAGAUAUCUCCAAUUACAAUUUGUCUAAUGGCUUUAUAAUUUUUGGAUAAUUGAUUCGGUGUUUCAAUAAACUGAAGGUAUUGCUUUAUCAUGUCUCUUUUGUUUCACUUGAGAUUACGUGAACCAAUUUAAAACCCUAUUUCCAUCCUCAGGCAUGAGCUUUUGCUAUUUGAAGCUCUCCGUGAAGGUUUGGAGGAAGAGAUGGACAGAGAUCCACGUGUCUGUGUAAUGGGCGAAGAUGUGGGCCAUUAUGGAGGUUCAUACAAAGUGACCAAGGGCUUGGCCACCAAGUUCGGUGAUCUCAGGGUUCUUGACACACCCAUUGCUGAAAACUCCUUCACUGGCAUGGCCAUAGGAGCUGCCAUGACCGGCCUGCGUCCCAUAGUUGAGGGAAUGAACAUGGGUUUUCUCCUUCUGGCUUUUAAUCAGAUCUCGAACAACUGUGGCAUGCUUCACUACACAUCUGGUGGGCAGUUUAAGAUACCAGUAGUCAUCCGUGGACCUGGUGGAGUUGGUCGACAACUUGGAGCGGAGCACUCACAACGCCUUGAGUCGUACUUCCAGUCGAUUCCUGGGAUUCAAAUGGUAGCUUGCUCGACCCCUUACAAUGCCAAGGGGUUGAUGAAGGCUGCUAUAAGGAGUGAGAAUCCCGUGAUUCUCUUUGAGCAUGUUUUACUCUACAAUCUAAAAGAGAGGAUUCCAGAUGAAGAGUAUGUAUUGAAUCUUGAGGAAGCUGAGAUGGUCAGACCGGGUGAGCAUGUUACCAUUCUGACGUACUCCAGAAUGAGGUAUCACGUCAUGCAGGCUGCAAAGACUCUGGUCAACAAAGGAUACGACCCAGAAGUCAUCGAUAUCAGAUCGCUGAAGCCAUUUGAUCUUUACACAAUUGGGAAUUCAGUGAAAAAGACUCAUCGUGUGCUCAUUGUGGAGGAAUGCAUGAGAACUGGAGGUAUUGGCGCCAGCUUGACGGCAUCCAUUAAUGAAAAUUUCCAUGAUUAUUUGGAUGCCCCGAUUGUGUGCUUGUCGUCACAGGACGUACCAACUCCAUAUGCGGGAGUUCUGGAAGAAUGGACAGUGGUUCAACCUGCACAGAUUGUGGCUGCAGUGGAGCAGCUUUGCCAGUAGUCCCAGCGAGUUGAGUUAUGUUUGGGUAAAAUAGCAAACAUAAGAUUCUAUUUAGGUAUGUAUUAAAAUUGCAAAUCAAAUAAUGUGGUUUGCAGCUUCAUUUGGAUGGUGGUAUUGCCAAAUUUUGUAAGAAAUUUUAGGUUUGUUGAAGUUGUGGUUGCUCUGUAAUUUCUUUUUCUCUUGUCAUAACUGGUGUUUUCGUUUGAGACUGAUGAACUAGUUGAAUUGUUGGUUGUUUUUACCAUGAAA